GCAACCACAUGUCGAGCGGCAAAAUGGCCGGCUCGUCGUAACAGCUCGCUCUGCCAGUCCCUCCAGCCAUCCGUCCCAAAUGGCAAACACAUCAGCCGAGCCGGCGAUCACUCGGGCCGUCCCAUAUUCACCUCCGCCCAGCGGGCCUCAUCUCGCAGACAGGACUUCUGCCCAGCCCGACAGGAGGACAAUACAACGGCAGUUCGGGUGAAAACGGAAAGCUGCUUCAACUGCCCGCCAUCGCGAUUGGUACAGUCGCACGUGAGACCGGCCAGAGAGGGACCCCGGCCCGAGUGGCCACUUGCUGCCGGAGUGCCGUCUGCAUCCGGCCGACAGAUAACAGAGGCCGGGCAAAGCGGACAAAAGGAGCAGGGGCCAGGCAGAAGUGAGCAGCAUUUCUCUUCCGCUCUCCUCCGAUGCUGCCGCUCAGCCGCUCAGCCGCUCGGAUGGGCGAUCAGCCAGCUCGGCUAG